AUGAAAAUUUUAAUUGUAAAUGGGUAUGGCAAAUGUCUAAAAGGAUUCAGAAGUUCCGAACAUUUUAAAUAAAUCAUAAAAGAUGUAUUAAUCAAUUCUUAAUGCAGUUGCUUACAGGAAAGAAGGAAAUGAUAGAUACAGAGUUAGAGUUCUUUAUUGCAGAUAGAGACACAAUUGAUGAUUUUCUAUAUGAGAUUGAUAGUUCAUUUGUAAGGAUUGAAUGUGGCAAAAUGUUUGAUUCUAUUGAUUUAAUAUUUUUUGAAGGAGAUGCCAAUCUUAGACCAUGGUCACCUAAUGCAUAUAAAUUUCUAAUUCUAUUGAGAAUGUGUAUGAGAAGCAAUAAAAUACUAUUUGCUUCUUCCUUUGCUAUGCAAGGAUUAGUGUUCUUGAUAGCAUCUAAUAUUGAGUGUGUAAAUUUGUACUUUACUUUAGUAAAUUUCAAUAAUAAAUGGAUUAAAUGGAAGUUAAUUGGGAGACUUGUCUAAAAUAAAAAAAUCAAUGAAUGAAAUUCGUAUGAGUGAUUAUUUCCUUGAUAAUGUUACUGGAGAUCUGUACAGUUUCAAUUACGAUACUGGAGAAUGGGUAGGUAAAGGGAACGCAGGACUACAUAGUAGAAGAGCAGCUGAGGAGUUCAAGACUAUAGGUAAGUAUAUAGUAAAAGCACCUUAAUAUAAAGUAUAAAGGAUGAAAGAAAUAGAUUAAUUAUAUGUAUCAAAAGAAAACGAAGUUGUUUGUUCAUUGAGAAAGAACUCUAUGCAUAAUUAUUUAUUCUAUGAUUUACCAUUUGAAUUUGUUGUUCCAUUCAAGAAUUCAUGGGAUGUUCAUCCAUUUAAUUUUGUGAAUCCCAAAAAAACAUUUCAAACUAUGGCUGAUUGUGAAAAAGGUGACUAAUUCUAUUUUAAAUUUUAGGUCCUCUUGUUAUUUGUAUUUCUGACAACAUAGUGGCUACUUAAUUUUCAAUUAGAACUAAAUAUAAAGAUACUAUAUAGAUGUUAAGAAACUUUAUGGGUUAUUAGCUUAGUAAUCAUCAUUAAUAUCUAUUAUAUAGCCAAACUAUGCUCAGGAAGAGCCUAAACCAUACCAAUAGAGAUUGCUUCUGUAAAGCAUAAUGAUAAUGCUAUGGAUAUCUACUUAGAACAAUUAAGUAGGAGUAAAUAUAGUAAUUAGAAAACGAUAAAAUUUAAUGUAAUUACAGAAUUUCAUCAUGCUGGAUUUGCAGCUAAGAAAUCAAAUUAACUUGAUGUAGUUGUAAAUAAUGCUAUUGGCAAGAAGAAAUUCAAAUAAACAUAAUAAAAACUUAAUCCAAAAGACUUAGAUUAACUCUUAUUAUAUGUAUAAAAUAAUUUUAUUAAUAGAAUCCUUCCCCUUAAUUUUCAUAAAAUUAGUAAUAAGAUGCUGAUAGGAAACCAAGUAUUUAUAGUGCUUAACCUAAUCAUUAUGAAGAAAAAACUUAAGCUUUUUAAAAAACAAAUUUAGAGAUCAUUUAAAUUCUCCAUCCUUCUAUUGAUGCUACUAUUUUUACAUAAAAUAAACCUUUUUGGGUUCCAGGAUAUUUAUCUUAGUUUCGUCUUUAAAAAAGUCAAAUGAGCAAGAAAUAAAAUACAACUAGUGAAGAUGGUCCAUCUAAUACUAAUAUAUUGACUGAAUUUAAAUAAAAUACUACUCCAAGAAUGCCUAGAACUUCUUCUUAACCUCAUUUUAGAGUUAUCUAAAAAGAUAAAUGGAUGACAAACAAAAAUUUUUAAGUUUGA